AAAAAGAAGCAUGCGCAAUGCGGUUCAAAAUGUCGGCUGUCGGUCAGGAGUAGCAUUUCGCAUGUAGCAUAAUAAUGCUCUAAAGCCGUUUAGACGAUUAUUUAGUGCUCUCCGUUGCCAGAAUGUCUUCUCAAGACUUGAUUGGACCCGCACUGCCCCCAGAGUUAAGCAAGACUGAAGAUUCCGAUGACGAACGCGACUUUGCCGGUCCUGCUUUGCCUCCUGGCUACAAACGAGGAGAACCUUCCAGCUCCUCGGAUGAAAGUGAGGACGUGGUGUUCAAAAGAGUGAAGACGGAACACAAACAUGCAGAGGUGGAGAAGACAAAGACUGAAGACGACGACGACGACGGCUUCUUUGGGCCGGCUUUACCACCAGGUUUUAGCAAGAAACCCAGUUCACCAGAGAGGUCACCUGUGCUGGGACCAGCUCUGCCUCCAGGUUUCCGCCGUGCUGCGUAUGAUGACCAGGAUGACCAGGAUGAAGAUGGAGAGGAUGCACCAGGACCUGCCUUGCCCCCGGGCUACCAGGCGGAUCCGUCCAGCAGCGAGGAAGAGGAGGAUUUUGUCAUCGGACCCAUGCCGGCCAAAGGGCCAGUGGAAAACACCGUGGCUCUGGACAUUGAACGCAGGGCACAAGUGAUGAAGGACAAGCUGACUAAAGUUGACACUCCUGAGAUGCCGAGCAGAGAGACGUGGAUGACGGAGCUCCCACCAGAACUGCAGCACAUCGGUUUGGGCGCUCGCACUUUCAAGAAGAAGUCUGGGCCGGAGAAGAGCGACCGCUCAAUUUGGACUGAUACGCCUGAGGAUAGAGAGCGCAAAGCCACGGAGCGGCGUGAGAAAAAGAAAAACGGCGAUGAUAAGAAAGACAGCCCCCCGCGAGUGUCUCAGAAGGAUCUGGAAACAGCAGAGAAGGUGUCCAAGUAUAAUAAUACAAAACGCUCGGAAUCUUUGCUGAGUUUGCAUGCAAAGAACCUGAAGGAAAAGGCAAAGGAAGGCGAGGAGCAGCCGGCCGAGAGGCGGGCGUUCGACCGGGAGACCGACCUGCAGGUCAACCGCUUUGAUGAAGCGCAGAAGCAGCGGCUGCUGAAGAAAUCUCAGGAACUCAACACGCGCUUCUCGCACAGCAAGGAUCGCAUGUUCCUGUGAGGACAGAGUUAUUCAACUAAUGAACUCUGACGAUCCUGCACAAGACUGCCCGGCCAUCACGGUGCAGUCCAACUUUUGUAAGUAAGAUGGAGAUAGCAGAAGAAGCCAUGCGCAAAAUACAUUGUUUGCUUUUUCAGGACUUGUCGGCAAUAUGUGAGAUGAUGAUAUAUGCCUCUAGACCAGGGGUGUCCAAACUUUUACCUCUGACUAAUGAAAUUUGAUAUUUGUCAUUUUCAAAACCAUUAGGGGUCCAUUCAAUUUUGGUGAAUGGUAAAGAAGUCUCAGUCAUUAAAGUGUUAAAAAUAAGUCAUAUUUGUGGUACUUUCAACACUUAAAUAGCAUUAGAUCUAUCAGUUUCCAUUCUUUUUUUUUAUACCCUUUUUUUUCAAAGAUAACCUUGUUUUUUUCAUGGCCAAAACACAAAAAUAUUCAAUUUUUUCCCCAAAAUUUUUUUUCAAAAUGGAAUAUUUGAUGUGAAGUAAUUGAAGCCUUAAAUAGGUCAAUAACUCACAACAAUGCUUUUGAUUCAUUAACAGAUAAAGCAGACUAAUAAUAAUGAUAAAUAAAAAAAUGGAAUAUUUGAUGUGCAGUAAUUGAAGCCUUAAAUAGGUCAAUAACUCACAACAUUGCUUUUGAUUCAUUAACAGUUAAAGCAGAUUAAUAAAAUAAUUUAAAAAAAAUUUGAAUAUUUGAUGUGCAGUAAUUGAAGCCUUAAAUAGGUCAAUAACUCACAACAAUGCUUUUCAUUCAUUAACAGUUAAAGCAGACUAAGGGUGUCAAGGCCACACACUUAAGUGUUAAAAAUAGAUCAAUAUUAUUUUUACUUUUAUUGCUCUCUUGAUCAACUUCAGAUCUAACCGUCUAACAAGUUUCAUUAUAUUUUUGAGCAAUGACAGUUUUUAAAUAUGUUGUGUGUGUGUGUGUAAAAAUAAGUCAUAUAUUAUUUUUUUGGUACUUUACAUUUAAAUAUCUUUAGAUCAAUAUCCAUUUCCAUACAUAUAUGUAUUUUUAUACCCUUUUUUUUUCAUAGAUAACCCUGUUUUUUGCUUUG